UUUACUGGUUUCCACGGCCUGGUUCCUUCUCCCUUGUUUCGGGUGCCCCCUCUCCCAACUGUUAUGUCCUAUCUGUAACUCCGUCUACCGUUUGCAAGCGGCGGCCAAACUCACUGACCCAUCAUCAGACUUUUUUCUAUCCUUCGCGGUUGCCGGACUCGUGUUUUUACACGUUAUAUUUAACGUGAAAUCGUUGUGAAAUUAUUCUCUAUAUUUUACUUUAACAAGAGACGGUCUCGCUGCCUGAAUCGGAUCCUUCUGACGGUCCCUUUGAGCCCAGAACUUUAUAGAGAGAGAGAGAGAGACAGAGAGAGUGUGUUCGGUUUUCUUGCUUUCUUUUGGGGAUUUCUUUCACUUUGAUACCCUGUGAGGUCGAGGUUCUUUUAGACGGUUUUGAUGGAGGAGACGUUGCUUGACGAUAUCAUACUUCGGCUGACGGGGGCGAAGGUUGGUCGGACGACGAAGCAGGUGCAGCUGACCGAGUCGGAAGUCCGGGAGCUCUGCCUUUCGUCGAAGGAGAUUUUUCUCAGCCAGUCUAAUCUUCUCAAGCUCGAAGCUCCAGUAAAGAUUUGCGAUGAUAGUCAGUUGGUGAAACAAAAGACCAACUUCAACAAGCGAGGUGAUAAGAGAAGUUUCAAAGUUCCUGGGAAGAUCAAAUAUAAUUCUUUCUCAAUGAAGGUGGCAUCAUCAAACUUCAGUCAAUCUUCUGGAGGGAACAACUUCUUUGGAUUAUUUGGUCUGAAGCUAGAUACUCAUGACAUCACGAAACUUAUGGAUGACCCGGCUUUGAAUGAUUUACUUGACGGCACUUACAAGUGUUCUAGUUUGGUUAAAGACAAAGAGGAGAAAGCAGAAAACAUUAAUGCAGGUUUUUUUCAUUCAGUUAGAAAGGCUUUCUCUGUCCUGCAGCUCUCAAGAACUGUCCAGUCCCAAAAUAUUGCCGAUAUAGACAACUUCUCCAACAAUAAAAUGUCCACAUGCUUCUCGAGCUCUGUUUCUGAUGAUAAAGGAGAGUCCUCCUGCACAACAGAUCCAUCUUCAUGUAACAAGGAUUCUUAUAGCAAGCCUGAUACACCAUCUAAUCCGCUUGAUUAUCCAUUAUGUCAACCUAAAGAUAUUUUGAAACGUUUGGUACUUGCUGAACCCAAGGACUUGGAGUCUUUGCUCCUUGAUGUGGCCAAGUCUUCUGCAUCUUCAAGGAAUACCUCUGAUCUACGCACAGGCAAGACAAUGCCUUGCAAAGUCACCUUGCCACCUUUUCCAUGGUCACAUAUUUUUAGUGGGCAUUGUAGAAAUAAUUCCGAUUCAAUUAAAUUGUCUACAAGUAGGAGCACAUGCCAAGGUAGAUGGCUAAGAAUAGCGAAUGUUUGCAGCUGUCAAAGGAUUGCCACAGAUUUUCUUGCGAACAUAGAGUCACUAACUUAUGAUCAGAGCCUGGUUCCUUCAGGUCUGAGUUCAGAAAAUAAAAUUUGGCCAUCGAUAUCUGUUAGUCUUCCUUGGUCUGAGAAGGAUUCGUUCUCUUCUGCAAUGUGUCCAAAAGCUUCUUACAUAUUUCGGGAUACUGGAGGGCAAGUGAAUUAUCAAGGAAACGCUGGGCGAUGUCCAAAACUGGUGGCUGCUGCACAAACUCUAUAUGACCUUGCGACUUACUCACAAAAGGCUAUGAAAGCUCGCAAGUUGAAAUCAAACGAGAAACUAGAAGAAACAUUUGCAACAUUGAUUCCGGUGUUGGCGUCCAACAAUAGGGUAAGAAGUUUGGACCCUCUGGUGUCCUCGAAGAAGCCUAAGCUCUCCAUGAUUGAGAGCAGUGGGGAUCCAGAUUUUUACAAUUGUCCCAGGAGAGGACCGAUAAAUUGGUCAACUGCUAGGUCAAGCAGAUCAUCACCCAGCAAAUCAAUUAAGGACUUGGUUGCAGAAACUAAACAUUCAAGUGCCAGCAUUUUAAAGCAAUCAUGUUCAAUGCCCCCACCUGCAAGGGUGUUGAAUAAGGCUUACAACAGUCAUCAGAAGGUAAGAAAAAUUUUGCCCAUGGAUUGGAGCAGAGGACCGGAUGGGGUUGACUGAUCUCAACUUUGUACAGAAGCUUAUUCCUUCUGAAAAUUGUUGUGAUUUCUCGGUAACACUGAUUUGCCUUUGUUUAAACCAUUGGUUUGUAUAUAUUAUGGUGUUAGGUAGAAAGGGAUUGUUGUAGGGGCUGAAGCUCUAGCUGGAAUGUCAUUAUCGUGAGGGGUGACCUUGGGGUUCCAGUGUUGUAACAUUGAAAAAUUUGUACACGCGGCAGGGAAUUCUUUGCCUUCUGUAGGUCAUUUCAUGAGGCAAUGGAAGUAAAUUUACAUCUCAUUCUCUUAAAA